AUGAUGUCCUCAGUCAACCUCAUGGGCCUGGCCAGCAACAUCGAGGCCGUUGCGGAGGCUGCAGAGAUCCAGGUCGAUGAGGAAAGCCGAAAGCGUCUGCUACAAGCUUGUGACAAACUGCGGAAGACCUUGGAAUCCCCGUUUGAAUUCACCUUGCGAGUCAUUUUUGCGGGUCAUCAAGCCAUGGCACUACGGUUAGGCAUCGAUAUGAAGCUCUUUGAUGCUGUAGCUCAGCACACCAAGUCCGGUCCGUUGCCUGUAUAUUUCAAAACCAAAGGGUGGAAGAACCCCAACGAUUUGCAUGAUGGUCCUUUCCAAUAUGCGACGGGAACGAAGUCUCACUACUUUGAUUUUCUGGCCUCCGAGCCAUAUUACCAGCAAGCGUUCAACACCGUCAUGACCAUCUCGCACCGCCGACAGGGACAGAACUGGUUCAACUUCUUCCCAGUGGAAGAAAAACUGCGCGUGGCGAAUGAUUCGGACAUCCUAAUCGUGGAUGUGGGUGGAAGCCAGGGUGGCGACAUCAUCGCUUUCCAACAAAAGCUUCCCCAUUUGCGGGGCCGACUCGUCCUCCAGGACUUGCCCAUCGUGAUCAACGCAAUCACGGAACUCCCAUCAGGCAUUGAGUCCCAAGGUCAUGACUUCUUUGAGGAGCAGCCCAUGAAAGGCGCUCGGGCGUACUACCUACGAACGGUGCUGCACGACUGGCCAGAAAGAACAGGCGCUACAAAUCCUUGCCAGGAUUCGGGAGGCGAUGGCGCCAGAUUCGUUGCUUCUAAUCAAUGA